CCCGGAAGUACUCACGAAGGCGCGGAGGCCCGCGGUUCUGAGUUGUUUGCUGCCGCUUUUCCGCGCUCGCAAGUUCUGCGGUCGCAGCUGCCACCAUGGGGAAGCGACAGCACCAGAAGGACAAGAUGUACAUUACCUGUGCUGAAUAUACUCACUUCUAUGGUGGCAAGAAGCCAGAUAUCCCACAGUCAAAUUUUCGUCGUCUACCUUUUGACCACUGCAGUCUCUCUCUGCAGCCCUUCACCCAUCCAGUCUGCACUCCAGAAGGUGUCAUCUUUGACUUGCCGAAUAUUUUUCCAUGGCUUACGAAGUAUGGGAUCAACCCCAGCAAUGGAGAGAAACUUGAUGCAAAAUCCCUCAUCAUUCUGAACUUUGCCAAAAACAAUGAAGGGAAGUACCACUGCCCAGUGCUGUUCACUGUGUUCACUGACAACACACAUAUUGUGGCUGUUAGGACAACUGGCAAUGUCUAUGCCUAUGAGGCAGUGGAACAGCUGAACAUCAAGGCCAAGAAUUUCCGGGACCUGCUGACUGAUGAGCCCUUCUCCCGCCAGGAUAUCAUCACCCUCCAGGAUCCCACCAACCUGGACAAAUUUAAUGUCUCCAACUUCUUCCAUGUUAAGAAUAACAUGAAAGUAACGGACCCAGAUGAGGAAAAGGCCAAACAGGACCCAUCUUACUAUUUGAAAAACACAAAUACUGAGACCCGAGAGACCCUGCAGGAGCUCUACAAGGAAUUCAAAGGAGAUGAGAUCCUAGCAGCCACCAUGAAGGCCCCAGAGAAGAAAAAAGUAGACCAGCUGAAUGCUGCCCACUAUUCCACAGGGAAGGUCAGCGCCUCCUUUACCUCCACUGCCAUGGUGCCGGAGACAACUCAUGAAGCAGCUGCCAUCGAUGAAGAUGUGCUGCGUUACCAGUUUGUGAAGAAGAAGGGCUAUGUACGACUGCAUACCAAUAAGGGAGAUCUCAACUUGGAGCUGCACUGUGACCUGACACCAAAAACCUGUGAAAACUUCAUCAAGCUCUGCAGGAAGCACUAUUACCAUGGCACCAUCUUUCACAGGUCCAUCAGGAACUUUGUGAUCCAGGGUGGUGACCCCACAGGCACUGGCACAGGGGGGCAAUCGUACUGGGGCAAGCCCUUCAAAGAUGAGUUCCGGCCCAACCUCUCUCACACAGGCCGUGGCAUCCUCAGUAUGGCCAACUCCGGGCCCAACACCAACAAGUCUCAGUUCUUUAUCACAUUCCGCUCCUGUGCUUACCUGGAUAAGAAGCAUACCAUCUUUGGACGGGUUGUUGGGGGCUUUGAUACGCUGACAGUCAUGGAGAAUAUAGAAAGUGACCCCAAAACUGACCGCCCUAAGGAGGAGAUCCGCAUCCAUACCACCACGGUGUUCGUGGACCCAUAUGAGGAGGCAGAUGCCCAGAUUGCCCAGGAGCGGAAGAAGACACAGCUUGAAGAGGCCCCAGAGACCAAGGUCAAGACAGGCCAGCCCCAGUCUGGUAGCCAAGGCCCCCAGACUUACCGUCAGGGGGUGGGCAAGUACAUCAACCCAGCAGCCACGAAACGAGCAGCAGAAGAAGAGCCAUCAACCAGCUCAGCCUCUGUGACCAAGAAAAGGCCCAGCCGGGGUUUUGGAGACUUUAGCUCCUGGUAGCAGUGGGCUGCCACCCUGGAUCUGGGUAGGGAUGCAGGGAUGGCAGGUUAUGUCCACACCACUGUGUUCUCUGCCCUUGUAAGCUGCCUAACAGGCUCAGAUUCAAUAAAACCAUUGCCUGUUGCCCCAUUCCUGGCCCCUGGGAGGCCCUGGUCUUCCCAUCCCUCACCUGGGAGGAAUCUGGCUCCUUUCUAAGGUUUGAACUGAGCCUUUUGGGUCUGACUUUCCACCUUGCCUGGAGUGCUGCUAUCUGCAGGCAGGCCAGGAUUAUUGACAAGUCGAAUCCCUACCAGGUUUUCCUGUCCUCUCUGUCAUCCUAAGGAUGACCCAUGUGCAUGGUCACCUGACCAGUGCUACCACCUUGUUAGAAAUAUAAAUUCUCACCACCUGGGGGUUGAGGUACAUGUUUGUAAUCCAAACACUUGACAGGUUGAAAGCAGAGAUGGAGAACUGAACUAUAUGGCAAGACCAUGUCUCAACAAAACAUCAGGCUCUAGAGCUAACCCUUAUGCAGAGCUUAACUCCCCAGUUGAGUUUAUAAGCUGGUGGAUUUUACAAACCAUUUCUAGCUACUGUCUAUUGCUUGAGGUUGGGCUUACCCACCCUGCUAGCUGCUCACCUGCUCUGCUGUCAGCCAUGACUGCAUGAGGCUAAUGUGUGAGGACAGCAGGGAGUCUUCCAGCUGAGGAAGGGGCCUCCCGAUGCUCCGAGCCCAGCCUAUCACCGUCUUCUCUUGCUUGCACACCACAGUGCCAGCUUCUUCUCUUGCCCCUGUGAAAUACGUCCAAAUCCCUCACCUGCUUCUUACUGCUUGUUGUUCAGCCUCAGUCCCCCGAUCUCAGGACCUGCUAUUUCAUCAUCCUCCAAGAGCUUCUUCAGAAGUGUGGAGACAAUGUCAUAGCAGUGUUCUGUCAUUGCCUGGGCUCCCUGUUGACUUUGCAUUACCACUUCUUUCCAGUCCAUCAAAUUCUAACUUAAGCUUGAUUCUUGGUUUUCUCUUUCUUCAAGUUCUUGAAUUUUCAAAGACUUAAAAGCUCUUAAUUCUAGAACGUACUUUGGCCUAUGCUUUUUUCAUCUUUGAAGCAAAGUCCUUUGUCUUUUGGGUGGUAGGUAGGGAAUGCCUCCCCCACUGACCUCCGCCCACUCUGCCCUUGCUCACUUCCACAUGGCUGGUGGGUGAGCUUGAGCACAUUUGUCCUGUCAUGCUUGUCACUGGCUGAGAACAGGUCUUUACCCCUUGCCUGCAGCCACCUGGCUCCACAGUGACCUCCUAGCCCACCUUCCCAGUUUUCUACCUGCUCUGACUCCAGGCCACCUGACACCUCACACAGCAGAGAGGCCUCAGCAGGAUGCUCACUACCUAGUGACCAUGCACCUGUUGGCCUCUGAUGCAACACUAGGUGCGCAGAGGUGGGGCCCUCCUGGGUUAGUGUUGUUCGUUCAUCGGUGAGGACCCAGGGACUGGCUCUUCAGGACAGAGGCAGCAAUUGUCCUAAUUGUAUUCCUGCACUUUUUUUUUUUUCCUGGCCACACUUAAAAGUUCCCAGCCAGGUAUUGACGGAGAAGCAGGACCCCAGCAGCCCUGGGUCCCUCAUAGUUGCUUUGAGACUCUGUGAGCCCUAUGCUCUCACUGGGCACUCUGGAAACGAGGCUCCUGAACAAUGAUCACUAUAGAAAGCCAAGAGUCAGAAGCUUUAUUUGGACAUCAGAAGCUUUAUUUUUAAGCCUCACAUAGACAAUAGGACCAAAAGGGUGGCCAGGGGAUGUAGGAGGCUGAAGGUGAUGCAUGUGCUUGAAGCCUGGUGGUUCUGCUCCUCAUGGUCAACUUCCAGCUGCCUGCAGGCUGCUGCCCAUCUGCCCCCUGCCCUUCUAGCCUUAGCCAGCAGCCUGCACCUGCCCCAGGGGAAGGCCACAUCCUCCACUGUGCUUACCCUCCAGAGCAAGGACAGGGCACACAAGGGGUCUUAGGCCAAUGAGGGUUUACAUUUCUGUAGUUCUUUUUAGAGCUUAAAUUGUAACUUUGUAAGUAUUCAAACCACUUGCAUUUUGUAACUGCCUGAUGAAGUCAUCAGGUAAAAUAAAAGACCUUUUGGGGAAACAAAAACAAUCUCAUUUCUCAUCUUUUCAAGUAUAUGACAGAUGCCAUCAAGAAUAAGUAUGAGGUAUAAAAAUACUAUAUAUACAAACAAAAUGGCAAUAAAACUAAAACACCUUUCUAAAGCAAAAUUGCCAAAGGUACUACAAAUUUAUGAUACUGGCAUUGCCUGCCACUGUUCUCAAGGAAAAUUUUUAAAUAAAUAAAAGUCCCGGCAUGACAUUUAUUGUUUAGGAAC